AUGACAUCUGAAAAUAAGGACCAACGUAAAACAUAUUUUCUACGGGUCGCAAGUUAUCUACUUGGGUUGAAUAUCGUUGAGGAGAAACUAAAGAACACGGAACCGCUGGAAGUCUUCUUGGAUUCAAAUACCAACUUACUGGUGUUCUCGAGGUCAGAACAGAAACUGGAGCUAUCCAACAAGAUGAAAUCCUCGGCUCCAUCUGCAAAUGUGCUCCGUGUCGUCUUUUAUAAAACUCAAUCAGUCCCGUUGAACAAUGAGAAUUUCAAGAGUGUGGUCAACGUAAUCUCAGCGAAUGGAACAUUGAAUCAUGUAUUUUUGAAGUCUGUGCAGAAUGUAUUCGGAAAAGAGCUAACCGAAGGAAACAACAUGCAACUGAUUGCAGCGGUCAACGAGUUGGAGGAGAGCUUAUUGGCUACGGUAGAAAUGAGUGGAGGCGGUUCGCUCCACGACGAGAUCCGAAGUUGGAAAGGACAAUCGGGCAAAGCGGCACAAGACUACAACGAGGCAUUCAAACAGUUGCAGUUACUUGUGGAGACGAUGGAGGAGAGACGAAUCGACGAGUUAUCGGAACUUGUCGAGACAUUCGAAGACACUUGUGACGAGUUGUGGAACUGUGGUACACCGUAUCCGCAGGCGAGAAUGAAGAUGUUGAUCGAGUAUGGCUCGAGUUACUUGUGUGAGGCUGUGACUUUUAAGAUCGAUGACUCCGCGAUCUGGCGUGACGAAAAGGUGUCCGAUCAACUCCGAUCCGCCAUUGAUGUCUGUGACCAAAUGCUGAUAGUGAUCCGUCUGCUAACCGGUCAAACAUGGAAAAGGAAUCCAGAACACACUUGGGAAGGAGACCCGAUGGAUAUGAAGUUUCUUCAAGGAUUCAAAGAGAGACUUGACGAGAUUCUCUCGUUGAGAUCUCUUGGAGGCCAAUUAGAAGGGUUAUUGGAGGAGAGGGGAAUACGAGAGGAAGUUGAGAAGACGAUAGAAACCGCCAUGAGAGGGAUGGCUCCACUCGCUUAUAACCCGUUUACGGAACCCAAUUGGAAGAGUCGGAUGCUGGUAGCAGAGAGGGCGAUUGAGGGCACUAUUGAUAGGACACUGCCUAUUUUGAAACAGAGAUUGGCACCGAGUAAUGGGGAUAGUCAGAGUAUCGUCCUAAGUCUCGAAAAGCUGAAAUCCUUUCUCUGCCGAUCGAAUAUCAAAGAGAAACUUCAACACGAACGGGAAAUGUUUCUGAAUCGACUUGUAUCCAUGUUAUCACAGAAAAACCAAGAAUUCAAUGAGAAAUCCCUUCAAGUCGACGCGAAAAAUUUCCAGUUUUUGACAGAAGUGGCAGCGAGAAUUGUAUGGAUUCGACAGCAGACUAGUCAGAUGGAAAGUAUCCGUUCGCUAUCAAAGAUGAUGCUUAACGACAUCUCGAAUUACUCUCAAUUCUCAACAAAACUCGACGAAUUCAUUGAAAAACUACAGUAUGCUGAGAAGGAAUGUUUCGAUGAUUGGUGUCGGGAGACUGUCGGAUUAAUUGAUAAUAAGAAUGAGACAAUCAAUUUGGAGACUACAGGAAAGAUAAUGUAUUUGGAGGCGUCGAAUAGGGAGUUGAAUGUGAACUACUCGGAUCGCUUGUUGAGAUUGUUGAAGGAAGUCCGCCAACUCAGCAGUCUUGGAUUCAACAUCCCAUCGAAGAUCUUGUCAUGUGCAAAUAAUGGAGAGAAGUACUACCGAUUCGGAGUGAUUUUGAAGCAGAUUGCUCAUUUCUAUAAUACAAUCGAUCAGCAAAUGAUACCGUCGCAGCAGUCCCUGAUGCUUGAAGAAGCGAUUGCUUUCGAAAAACUGGUGAUCCCCCGUAAAGAUGCCUCAAACUCCGCCUCGAAAGUGACAUGGAACGACCCGAAACAACUGGAAGAGUUCAUAGUCCAACUACAAACAGCCGAACAGAAACUAUCAAAUCGCAACAGAAGAUUGAGGAAUGUUCAUAUGGAGUUAAUUGAGAUGGUCGAGAAACUCAUGGAUUUGAAUAUAGUGAAACAGAAUAACGACUGGAAAGAGAUCAUAUUAAAGAUCCGGUCGAAAAUGAAAGAUGAGGAAGUGGUGCAUGGAGCGGCGAAGAAUAAUAUGAAACCCUGGUUGAUUCAUUGGGAUUUUCAGCUUUAUAAGGCACUUCUGAUUCAGUAUGAAUGGGGAAUCGAAAGCAUUCAAUCACAGUUGUCCACGAUCUCAGUUAGUCUCGUUUUUGCUGACCAAAAAAUCCAGCUUCGCCCUGCAAUCGAGGAAAUCCGAUCCAAAUACUACAAAGAGUUGUGCAGAUUCUUGCGGAUCCCCGACAAGUUUCGAGGUGUUCAAGAAGAUGAUCAUUCCUCAAAAUUCUACGCCCAAAUGAUCGACAGAAGUAUGCACCUCCUGCCAUCAGUAUACGACAAAGCGGAACAAUUGAUGCACAAAGUGGAAACAUGUGACGCAAUUUUUGUGGACUGGCUUGUAAUAUCUCAAGUCGACUUAGAGGAGCUGAUUGAGGAAAACUUAAAAACGGCGGCCGACUGGGAAUCACAGUUUAAGAUUUUGAAGGCAAAAGCGAGAGAGGCGGAGCGAUUACCACAUGAGCUAAAAUUCGAAUGCAUCCUGGUGAGCACUGCCGGAGUGAAAUCGGCCAUCGAGGAUGCCAUUCAGAGAUUAUAUGAUGCUUUGACAUGGACAUUGAGACACUCCAUCUCCACCACCUCCACUUCAAUCAACACUUUCCUGACUCAAGCUAUCGAAGUCCUCAAUACAGUACCCGGAUCCCUUGAUGAAGUCGCCGAGGCCAACGCGAAACAUAUAAUAUUCGCGGAGACCAAUCGCCAACUGAAACAAGAAUGGAAAGUGAUGGAGGAGCAGCUGACACUGUUGAGAUCAGUGGCUGGAAGUGGAAUGGAACAAAUCGAUAAUCUGGAGCAGACAUGGGAUCGGUUUGAGUUGAUGUUGGAUGCACAUCAAGGCGUUAUUAAGGAACAGGUCGAGGCGUUGAAGACCAACGUUGAAACCUCAAUAAAAGGAAUGAAAGACGAAGCGGAGAAGCUGAAAGCCCGUUGGGAUCAAUUUAAGCCAAGAAGUGAUGCACUGCAAGGGGAUCGAGAGGAAAUGUUAAAAGCGAUUCAGUUUAUAAAAGAAAAAAGAACACAGUGGCAGGAACUAAGUGAUGGGAGAGAGAAGAUUGAAAAAGAAUGUGGUCAAUUCGGAAUAGAACCUCCCAAACUUGACAUUAUCGAUGAAAUCAAUGAAGACAUCAAACAAUUCGAAGAUAACUGGUUGAUCUACGAAAUGUUCAACAAUGAUUUGGACACUCUCUCCCAGGAAGAAUGGAUUGUUUUCCGAUCGAAAACGUAUCUUUUCGAUGAAUUCUUGGCAAAAUGGGUGGAGAAGUUGAAAGGAAGCAAUCAGACGCAUAUGAGUGUCCGAUUGAUGAAAGACGUCGAGCACUUCAAGGAGGUUAGCAGUGCGUUGAAGUUCUGUCGAGGCGAUGUGCUGAGUGCGGAUCAUUGGCAUGAGAUGUUUCGCUUUUUGGGAUUGCCGAGAGGCACCACAAUCGAAAAACUGAAGUUCGCCGAUCUCCUCUCCGUUUCCAAAUCUAUCAUUGAGAAUGUUGACCAACUGAAACAAUUGAAUUCACGUGCUCAAGGAGAGGUUGCUAUUAGAGAUGCGAUACAAGAAUUAACGUUAUGGGCGGCUCAGACGGAAUUCACACUGGCUGACUAUAAGCAUUCGAACGGACAGAAUUUGAAGAUUAUCAAGGAGUGGAAGGAAUCGAUUAACUCGCUAAAAGACAGUCAAGCCCUCCUCCAAUCCCUCAAAUCCUCUCCGUACUACUCUCAGUUCUCGGAUAAAACUGCAGUGUGGGAGACAAGACUGGCGGAUCUAGACGUAUUCCUGGCGCAGAUGAACGAGAUUCAAAGAAAGUGGAUCUAUCUGGAACCGAUUUUCGGAAGAGGAGCACUUCCGUCAGAAGCUUCGAGGUUCUCGAGAGUCGACUCGGAGUACAGAGCGAUUUUGAAUGAUGUUUCAAAGGAUGCAAGACUGGUAUCAUUGUGUAGUCGACAGUCACUUAAGAAGUCUCUGGAACAAAUUGUGGAUCAGCUGAAUCGAUGUCAGAAGGCGUUGAACCAGUUUUUGGAGCAAAAACGAACGGCAUUCCCCCGAUUCUACUUCAUCGGAGACGACGAUCUCUUAGAAAUUCUCGGCCAGUCAACCAACCCCCAAGUCAUCCAAUCGCACAUGAAGAAACUAUUCCAAGGAAUCAAUCGAGUCACAUUCUCCUCGACAGGAGAGACCAUCACUUCGAUGGUCUCAUCUGAAGGCGAGACGGUCGCCCUCUCGAAACCAGUUCGAAUAGUUCCACAGGUGGAGACGUGGCUUCAACAGUUGUCGGAUGAGAUGAGAAGAACGUUGAAGGAUCUGAGUGGGCAAGCGGUGGCGGAUGGACAAAUCUCAUUGGCAAAGUAUCCGUCACAGGUGUUGUGUCUGGCGGAAGAAGUGAAAUUCAGUGCGGCUGUGGAGAAUAUCCUCUCCUCCUCCUCCGAUCUCAACUCAUUCAAAUCUCAACUGCUCGAAAAACUGAAGACCUACACGAAUAUGAAAGUGGAAGACAAAGUGUCAGAUCUGAAACUGAAAUCUCUCAUUCUCGACUUGAUUCAUCAUAUUGACGUCGUGGAUCAACUAAUGGCUAACAAGGCGAAAGGAGUGAAUUGUUGGACGUGGCAGAGACAGCUGAGAUUCUAUUUGGUGAACGGAGGAAUCGUUUUGAGACAAGUGUCCAGUGAAUUCGAAUACACCUAUGAGUAUCAGGGGAACUACGCGAAGUUGGUGCACACACCGUUGACGGAUAAAUGUUAUUUGACACUGACACAAGCAAUGUACAUGGGUCUCGGAGGAAACCCUUACGGACCUGCUGGAACCGGAAAAACGGAAUCAGUGAAAGCGUUGGCUGCUCUAAUGGGUCGACAAGUGUUGGUAUUCAAUUGUGACGAGGGAAUCGAUGUGACUUCAAUGGGACGGAUAUUCACUGGAAUUGUUGAGUGUGGAGCAUGGGGAUGUUUCGAUGAGUUCAAUCGGUUGGAUUCGACCGUCUUGUCCGCCGUUUCCAUGCAAAUUCAAACCAUCCAAGGCGCUAUCAAAUCCCGUGCGGGUUCAUGUACUUUUGGUGGAAAAACUGUGCAAGUCAACCCGAAUAGUGCAAUAUUCGUGACUCUCAACCCCGCAGGAAAGGGAUACGGAGGACGACAGAAAAUGCCGGAUAAUUUGAAGCAACUGUUUCGAGCGGUCGUUAUGGGAAAACCGGAUAACGAGCUUAUCUCAUCGACUAUUUUGUAUUCAGAAGGAUUUGUGGAUGCCACGUCGUUGGCCAGGAAGAUUGUGUCAGUAUUCCAACUCUCUCGUCAAAUGCUCUCCAAACAACAACACUACGAUUGGGGUCUGCGUGCACUCAAAGUAGUUCUUGGCGGAUGUGGAGCUCUCCGAAGAGCGCAACCAACUAAGAAUGAAAGUGACUUGGUCGUUCAGGCUCUUCUACUCAACACUCUCUCAAAACUGACAUUUUCGGAUUCUGAAAGAUUCAACUCGUUAAUUGAUGACAUCUUCUCGAAUGUGAAUAAGGAGAUGACAAAGUUCGAAGAGUUGGUGGAGCCGUUGGGUGUGGCUGCAAAGGAAAUGGGCAUCAAGUUGGGAGAGAAACAGAUGGAAAAGGUUUUUCAGCUCUACGAACAAAUGCGUCAACGUAUCGGAGUAGUGGUCGUUGGAGCCGCCGGUUCGGGAAAAUCAACAAUGUGGAAAGUUCUUCAUCGAGCACUGAUUCUCACAAAAAAGCCACUAAGAGUCACUCAAUUUAAUCCGAAAGCCGUGAAUCGUAACAAGUUAUUGGGAAAUAUGGAUAUGGACACUCGAGAAUGGACUGAUGGAAUUAUUACAAUGGCUGCAAGAGAAGUACAAAAGGACACGACAAUUCAUCAUUGGAUUGUUUGUGAUGGAGAUAUUGAUCCCGAAUGGGUGGAGGCGUUGAACUCAGUGUUGGAUGAUAAUCGAUUACUAACAAUGCCAUCUGGAGAACGCAUUCAAUUCGGUGCCAACGUCAAUUUCCUUUUUGAAACUGAUUCUCUUCAAUUUGCGUCACCGGCUACUGUAUCGAGGAUGGGAAUGAUUUAUAUCAGCGAAGAAGACGUGACCCCUCAAGACAUUGUUGCCUCGUGGCUCUCCUCGAACUCUGAAGACCUUCAUGGCGACUUGGCUCAAUGGAUAGAAGAUAACUUCUGGAAAACAUUCAAAUGGGUCAAAUCUCAUCAAAUCCCGGGAAUCACCAACUUCGCUCUUCUCAAAAAUGGACUAACCCACCUGAAAUCGUCCAAAACGAAGACUCAAUUCCUGACACUUCUCUACAAUGGAUUCAUGCCCUAUGUGCUACCGGACCAACGCGGGGAACUUGCGAAAGGAGUCGUUUUUCAAGGAAUUUCAGUACCUGAUCCGAAGAAUGUGUGUUAUGAUGAGAGAACUGACAGUAUCAUGACUUAUACUGAUGAUGUGUCACAGUCGGUGACGAAGGAGGAAGUGGAACGCGAAGACUUGAGACCGUUUGUGCAGACCGCCGAUAUUCAGAGAUAUUCGGAUAUUAUCUCCUCUUGGCUCCGCCCCGGUAACCGAGAAAGUUUCGUGAUCACCGGAACGACUGGAUGUGGAAAACAACAACUACUCAAACAUUGCUUCCAAAUGGAUCCCGAAUCGCAACUCGCCAGUUUAUACUGCUCCGCCCAAUCAAGCUCCGUCCACUUGCUUCAGUUGAUUCAACAGAAUUGUGUGCAAGCGAGUAACCCGACUGGAAGGGUUUGGAGGCCAAAAGAUCGGCCGAAUAUGAUUCUGUUUUUGAAAGGGAUUAAUUUGCCGGCUCCGGAUAAGUACGGCACGAACGAGCUGCUCGCCUUGCUCCAACAACUGCUCACCUACCAGGGAUUCUUCGAUCACAAUCUGGAAUGGGUUUCGAUUGAAAAUAUUCAAUUUGUGGGAUCCAUGAAUCCGCUCGGCGAUUCGACGUCUUCUAACAUUUCAAAUCGAUUAUUCUCUCUUCUCCGUUGUAUUUCCCUCAACAACACCGACACUUCCCAACUAACAUCCAUCUACCGUACCUAUCUGACCCCGAUUCUUGAAGACGUCGGAGAAAGGAAUUCAGAAGGCGUCGCAUCUCGAAUGGUCGACGUCUACAACAAAGUGCAGUCGAGCUUCAAAAUGUCCGACAGUAUUGUGUUCCAAUUUUCGCCUCGAGACCUUACCAAUUGGGUUGUUUCUUUGCUAAGACACGAGUUGGAUCAGGGUAGAUUAGAAGGUGUCAUUUGUUUCGAGGCGAAACGGAUUUUUGCGGAUCGGUUGCCGACGGAACAGGAUAAGAUAAAGUUUGAUGAGAUAUUGAGGAAUGUGAUACCGAUUUCACAGAAUAAUGAAAAAGUGUAUGUCACGACUGGCACCGUCGUUCCCGGAGAAUCGAACACCGGUCUUCCGCUCACCCCAAUCAACAUGUCGGAUUUCAAUCAGUUGCUUCUGAAAUCUAUCAAUCGAUUCGCAUUUGAAAUUGCCAACUUCAAUUCUCCGCUUACCAGUCAACUCUCGUUCUUCUGUGCGUGCGUAGAUCGUGUUCUUACAUCUCCAGGAGGUCAUCUAUUCCUACCGGGACGUACUGGAUUUGGAAGAAGAGAUGCUGUCCGGCUGGUGGCCCAUAUGCAUAAUAUCCAAGUUUUCUCACCGCCUGUCACAGCAAACUUCUCAUCGAAACAGUUUGAUAAUGAGAUGAAAACUGCAAUAACCCAAGCGGUUACCAACAAUGAGCAUGUAGUUCUAAUCCUUGAAGACCAUCAACUCCGCAAGAACAUAUUCCUGCAAGCCAUCAAUUCCCUGUUGGCUAGUGGAAGCGUACCGGGCUUAUUCACCCAACAAGAGCUCGAUGGUUUGGUAGCUCUUGUUUCAGAAGCAGCGAAUCAGGCCUCGUUUACUGGAGCACUACAGCAGUUUUUGGCUCAUAGAAUCCGAAGUCUUGUCCACGUGGUUCUUAUCCUUGAAGUCGAAGCGAAUGAUUUCAAACUAAACAUCACUGAAAAUCCGGCAAUUCUGAAACAUUGCAAUGUGAUUUUUGCGGAUCGUUUCGAUAGGAAUAGCUUGUUGGAGAUCCCAAAGAUUUUAAUGGAAGCAAAAGGAAUCACGACAACAGAUGCAGUCCUCUCUGGUUUCAGUGAUGUUCUUGUGAAUCUCCCGGAGAAUUUAUCGAUUCAACCGAUAAAAUAUCGGCAAUUUGUGGAGAACUGUUCUCAGUUGUUGGGGUAUAAGAGGAGCACACUAUCGGCUAGGUUGGAUAGGUUGAAGGGCGGAGUCUCGAAACUAAACGAAGCACGUGAAGAAGUAGCAAAAAUGCAGAAGAAAGCGGCGAAAAAGAGCAAAUUACUGGCGGAAAAGCAAGCAGAAGCAGAUGAGGCACUGAAAGCGAUCACCGAGAGUAUGAGUGGAGCAGAGGACCAAAAGAUGUCAAUGGAGCAGUUGAAAGCGGCUACUGAGAAGGAAAAUGUGGUGAUUGAGGAGAAGAAGGCGAAGAUUGAUGAGCAGUUGAAAGAAGUGCAACCGUUGAUUGAUGAAGCCCGCCGUGCCGUCGGUUCAAUCAAAUCCGAGUCUCUCAGUGAGAUCCGAAGUCUUCGUGCCCCACCGGAAGCAGUUCGAGACAUUCUUCAAGCUGUUUUAGUGUUCAUGGGAAUACUUGACACCUCCUGGGAGGCAAUGAGAAAAUUUCUGUCAAAAAGUGGGGUUAAAGAUGAUAUAAUGAACUUUGACGCCAAUCGGAUUACCAAUGAGAUUCAUAAGAAAGUCACGGCAAUUGUCAAACAAAAGUCGGCAUCUUUUGAGGAAGCGAACGCAAAACGAGCUUCCGCUGCAGCUGCGCCAUUAGCAGCUUGGGUGAAAGCGAAUCUGGAAUAUUCGAAGAUUUUGGAGAAGAUUUCACCGUUGGAAGCGGAGAAGAAUAAGCUGGUCAAAAAUCUCAAAAAAGCGGAAAAACAAAUGGAGAAUCUAUCGAAGGGCCUACAAAGUGUGGAUGAAGUUGUCGGGGAGUUGAAGAGGAAAUUCGAGGUUUUGAUGAAAGAGGCCACUCAGAUUAAGGUGGAUUUGGAUAGAGAGCAAGACACGAUUCGGAUAGCUGGAACGUUGGUGGAGAGUCUUUCAGGAGAGUUUCAACGGUGGAAAGUGCAAAUUGAGACGUUGGGAGAGGAACAGUCGAAGAUGGAGCUUUGCUCUCUCAUCACCUCAGCCUUCAUCACCUACCUCGGUGGUUGCUCUGAAAAAGACCGAAAAUCGCUAUUGAAAUCAAUGUCGAAAAUGUUCAACAUGCCACCAAACUUCAAACCACUCUCCUUCGCAUCUCUGGAAACCGAACAAUUGAAUUGGAAGACAAAAGGUCUUCCAGCCGAUCAGCUAUCUCUCGAGAACGGAAUGAUCAUGUUCAAUUCAGAGCAUGUCCCUUUAAUUAUCGAUCCAUCCGGACAGGUUUCCAGUUUUCUCGCCAAAUUUCUAGAGAAAUCAGAGACUUUCAAAGCGGCGCAACCGGAUUUAAUGACUCAGAUAGAGCUAGCGAUUCGAUUUGGAAAAACUAUAAUUAUAGACGAUGUUGUGGAAUUCGACUCCGCCCUCAUUCCGAUUCUAAGAAGAGAUUUAUCGAGUCAGGGACCCCGCCAAGUGAUUUCUUUCGGUGGAAAACAAAUCGAUUUCAAUCCAGACUUCAAAAUAUUCAUUUGCACGAGAGAUGACAAGGUACAAAUCCGACCGAACUCCUCGGUUCAACUCAAUAUCGUCAACUUCACCACCACAAUUUCGGCGCUGUCCGCUCAACUCCUCGACGUGGCAAUUCAUUUGGAGAAGCCUGAGUUGGAGGAACGAUCGUCGAGUCUUCUGAGGGAUGCCGAGUUGAAAAAGUUGGAGCUGGAGGGAUUGGAGCAGUUACUGUUGCAACAGUUGGCCUCGUCGCAGGGAAAUUUGUUGGAUAACACGGCGUUGUUGGAUUCGUUGAAUAAGUCAAAGGAGAGCGCUGAGAUUAUUAGCAAGAGUAUUGUGGAGAGCGAACAUUUGCAUAAAGAGUUGACUACGCAAAAAGAGAUCUAUGUCCCACUAUCUCUCUUCACAUCCAGCCUAUUCUUCUCCUUCUCAAAUCUCCAAUACUACAACCCAAUGUACAAUUAUAGUGUGAACACUAUAAUGAGACUAUUCGAGAAGACUAUCAGGUCUUGCGAGGAUAAGUCACCCAGUCGUGUCGAGACCCUUGCCCGCCAGAUGCAGCUCACAGUAUUCUAUCACAUCUCACGUGGAAUAUUCCGUCAGGAUCGUCUGAUGUUCGCCGUCGCUUUCAUCAAUGCAACGAUGCCAAAACUAUUCCAACCGAAAGAAUGGGAGCUGUUCACCGGACUCCUUGUGGACGAGUCCACAGAUCUCUCAGGCAUCCGUGUCUCCUGGAUAACUGCCGAUAGGUUACAAGCACUCGCCAGAAUCCGAACCCAUCUGCCGAGUCUAUUCAAUAAUUUCCAAAUCCAGGAUGACGCAACGUGGAAUGAGUUCUCGAAGACGUUGCAAUGUGAGACGGCGUUCCCGAAAAAUGUGGAAGUGAAGAUGACUCACUUCCAGAAGGUUCUCUUCAUUCAAGCGGCAAAACCGGAGAGAUUGUACAACUGUUUGAUGGAUUUCGUGUUGAAAACGUUGAACGUUCCCUCUAUCAACCCGCCCGCCUUCGAACUAAUGCACAUAUUUGCUGAAAGUGAAGCCCAAGAACCCAUUCUCUUCAUCCUUGCCGAUGGAGCUGAUCCAUCUCAAGAGCUAUCGGAAUUGGCGACCAAACUACAAGUACCGUACCAUUCGAUUUCUAUGGGACAAGGACAGGAGCAGGCGGCGUAUGAAGCCAUCCGGGAAGCGGCGUCAAAGGGAGAGUGGUUGUGUUUGAAUAACUUGCAUUUGAUGUUGCAAGCGGUGCCCGCCAUUUUUAAGCACCUCUCCCUGACCACACCCCACUCAAAUUUCCGUCUCUGGCUAACCACCGAAGCGGACGCUCGUUUCCCAUCAAUGAUGCUCCAACAAUCGCUCAAAAUCACGUUCGAACCGCCACCAGGUGUCAGAAACAAUCUUCUGAGAACAUACACUCAAAUCGAUCGGAACGGAAUGAAGAAUGUGGUGACGUGUCAAUCGAUAUUCGCGUUGGCAUGGCUGCACGCGUUACUCCAGGAGAGAAGAACGUUCAUUCCGCAGGGAUGGACAAAGUUCUACGAGUUUGGAGCGAGUGAUGUAAGAGUUGCGAAGUCGUUUGUGGAACAGUUGACGGAGAAUAAAGCCGACUGGGAAUUCGUUCGUGGAAUUCUGAAGUUUGUCAUUUAUGGAGGUCGGAUCGAGAAUGACUUCGAUGCGAAGGUUCUAGACUCCUAUUUGAAUAUAUUGUUCUCCGAUGCGAAAAUAAACGGAACUGCCGGUCAAAUCCUUGUCAAAGGCAUCGAGAUUCCAGCGACUACUAAUGUUAAGGACUACCUUGCUCAUAUCUCCAAGUCAAUUCCUGCAGUCGAUGAGCCAUUCCUAUUCGGUCUACCCGAGAAUAUUAAAUACUCGUGGCAGAUUGUGGAAGCGGACCGUACAAUCUCUUCUAUUAGGACUUUGGCUCUUGGCGACUCGAAAAACGCCCUCUCCGACCAAUCGGACACCAUCUCCCAAAUAGUGUCUCUCUGGAAAAAACUGUGUCAAGUAGAUGACCUGCCGAAACGAGAACUCCCUCCAUCCAAUCGAUCCACCGAUCCGAUUUCCGAAGUGUUGUGUCUGGAGACAAUCAAUGCCCUCUCCCUUAUCAAACAACUCCAUCGAUCGAUUGGCAACGUAGCGAAAUCUAUGAAAAUGCCGAGUCUCGCUUCUUCGAGCACUCAGAAGACAAUCCAAUCGCUCGUCUUCCAACAGACACCCGAUGAAUGGGAUAGUCUGUGGGCGGGGCCAGCCGACCCGGCGGAUUUCUUGAAUGCUGUGGUGAAGAAGACAAGGGGAACUAUGCAGCUCUACGAGUCGUCAAAAACCUCAUCAGCCUCACUUCUCUCCUCCCCAAUCGAUUUCUCCGAUCUCUUCUACCCGAACAUCUUCCUGAAUGCUCUCCGUCAAAUGACAUCCCGUCAACUCAAAAUUCCACUCGAUCAACUCAUCCUCUCCUCCGCGUGGACUCCAUCCCAACUACCCGCGAAACAAUGUGUUCAAGUCCAGGGACUCCUCCUUCAGGGUGCCACAUUCGACUCAUUCCUCCGUGAGACUACUGUAUCGAGUGCCGCAUUCACCCAGGCACCGAUUCUAUUCCUCGCGUGGACUGCCGAGAACUCGUCGACAAUAAGUGGGGAACAGAUUCAAGUUCCCUUGUAUAGUUCCAGUGAUCGAGCUGAUUUGAUCAGUUCUGUGAAUAUGCCGUGUCGAGGUGUCGAUCAAUGGAAUAUUGCAGCUGUUGCGCUCUUUUUGAGAUAA